UCUUACAAUUCGUUUGAUUUGGUUGAGUUACAAGCAAUGUACCUUCCAAAAUAUAACGUUGAAUUGAUUGACGGGUUUAUGAAACCUAAAUUCAACGUUGCAAAAUUUAGAUUUGAUUUUGGAAUCACAGUUAUUGAGGGUGGUGGCGGCAAUAAUAUGUUAAAUGACAAUCUCGAAGAUUUUACCUGUCACAUAAAAAAUUGUGGCUGCAUUAUGUUGCUAUUUAAUCAACCAUAUCAAAUUGACUCGAUUCGGAUGCUACUUGGAAAUGACAAAAACAAUUAUAACAAGUAUUCAUUCUUCAUUGAAACUUCCAUUGAUAAAGAAAAUUGGGAAAUGGCGAUUGAUAAACGAAGUGAGAGUCUUUCAGGGUGGCAAAUGUUCCAGUUCGAACCACGUCCAGCUUCAUUUAUUAAAAUAACUGGAACUCAAAAUGAAAAUGACUUUAUUUGUACCUAUUUCGAGUGUCCAUGCGAUCCAAACGUACCAAUUAUCAUGUUAAAGACGUCAAGUUUUCAAACAAAAAACUGAAAAUCUGUCAAAUAAGUUUAUGAAAAAAAAAAAAACUUUAUAUUUUGGAUUUCAAUUACAAAAUACUUCCACACAUAAAAUUAUACACA